CAUCUUUUGUAUGAUAUGCGUUAUCACUUAAAGCAACCUUCUGUGCUGUGUAACGUUCAAUUUGAUAUUUUUAAUUUUUUUUACUCAGUUACCGUUUUUUACAACUUUGUCCAUCGCUUUGUUACACAUAUUUAGAUGAAAUUCUUUGAUAAAUGAAUAAUAACCAAAUGUAUUAUUACAUCUAAGUAUGGCUUCAACUUUAACGCCCGAACAGAGGCAAAGGAUAGAAGAAAACCGCCAGAAAGCACUUGCCAAGCUUGCAGCAAAGUCGGCAAACCAGCAGAAGACACCUGAUCAAUCGUACAACAGGGUGCAACCUGUCCAACAGGCCUCAAGCUCGCUUGGCAACAGGGUUCCCUUUAAAAACCAGAGCUUCCAGACAAAGCCGGCCACAAAUGGGAACCAGGCCCAGAAUUUCUACAAGAGCAAGUCCCUUGGUUCGCACACCGGUGGCAGCAAGCCGGAAGAGAAGCCAAAAAGCUGGAAUGUUGUCUCGGAAACCCUGACAGGGACGUGCUCGCUGAUCAGCAACGACCGAUUUGCAGUCACUAUAGGCUACAAUUCUAAGGUCAUCGAUAUAAUGAAAAGCAUACCUGGACGACAAUAUGAUACAAACAAAAAAUUCUGGCAUUUCCCUCUAGAUCAGUACGAUACCCUGAAAUCCAAACUGUCACCUUUGUCACCGAGUGUUAUUGUCGGCAACAUUCCAAAAAGUGUUUUCAAGAUAAUUAAAGAUGUAGAACCUGUUCAGGAUUUCAAGAAUAUUGACAUUUCAACAAUUGACCCUGUUCUACUUGAAAGUCUAUUUCCCUUUCAAGUAGAAGGAGUUAAAUAUGGGAUUUUUAAACAUGGCAAAUGCCUUAUCGCAGAUGAUAUGGGUCUUGGCAAGACAUUACAAGCUCUUGCGAUUGCUGAUUAUUAUUACGAAGACUGGCCCCUUAUGAUUGUCUGCCCUUCUUCAAUGAGGUUUCAGUGGCAGGCGGAAAUUUUGAAAUACCUCACGAAAGUUCCUAGCUAUUCAAUUUUACUCGCGACUAAUGGGAAAGCAUGUAUUUCAAGUGAAUAUAAAGUAGUUAUACUGUCGUACGAUCUUCUGGUCAAAUUUAAAGAGGUUUUAAAAAAACUUCAUUUUGGCCUGGUUAUAUUUGAUGAGAGUCAUAGUUUAAAAAAUGCCAAGACACAACGAACAAAAGCUGCCUUGGAAAUCUCAAAGAAUAUAAAAUGUAAAAUUUUGUUGAGUGGGACUCCUGCUUUAUCCAGGCCGAUUGAACUUUACCCACAGAUCAGGCUUUUGGAACCAUCACUUUUCAAAGAAAUACACGAAUAUGGCGUGAGAUAUUGUGACGGUAAACAGGACAAAUUCGGAUGGAAUUUUCAAGGUUCUUCUCACUUGGAAGAACUUAAAAUAAUAUUGGAGGCUAAAUUUAUGAUAAGACGUCUUAAAGCAAAUGUCCUAGAACAGUUGCCUUCAAAAAUGAGGCAAGUAGUGACUUUAAAUGAUGAUCACAUCGACAUGAAAAGUAUGAAAAUGAAAAGUUUAGAAACUAAGCUGAAUAAAAACAAAAACAUCAGUGGUUCUGAUAAGCGAAGUACACUUCUUGCAUAUUAUGCGGAAACAGGAAGGGCGAAAAUACCCGCAAUUUUAAAAUAUAUUGAAGAUUUAUUAGAGAAAAAUAAGAAAUUUUUAUGCUUUGCCCACCACACAGAUGUUUUGAAUUCAAUAUCAGAUUUAUUGGAGAAAAAGGAAGUUUACUAUAUCCGUAUUGAUGGUUCUGUGAGUUCUGAGGAAAGAAAGUCAGUCUGUGACCAAUUCCAAGAGGAGGACAGAUUUAGGGUAGCUGUUCUUUCGAUCACAGCAGCAAACACAGGUGUAACCUUAACAGCUGCUCAGCUUGUUGUAUUUGCCGAAAUUUUUUGGAAUCCUGGGGAAUUAGUGCAAGCAGAAGACAGAGCGCACAGAAUCGGUCAGAAAAGCAGUGUCUUAGUGCAAUAUUUGUUAGCAAAAGGGACAGCCGAUGAUUACCUCUGGCCUUUGGUUCAGUCAAAAUUGAACAUUCUUAACCAAGCAGGUUUAAGCAAAGAAACUGAACUCUCUGUUAAAAAUGUUGUUAAUAAAUCUAAGCUGGUCCAAUCAAGCAUAAUGCAGUAUUUUAGUGAAUUGGAUUAUGAUAUUGAUGAUAAUGAUCUAGCUAAUUUAAUGGAUGAAAUUGAAGGAGUUCCAGAAAAAAGAAAAAAACUAUUUUAAAUACAACUUAAGUUGAAGUAAGAAUUUAUAUGUUGAAGAUUUGUUUAAACUUUUUUCUGGUGAUAAUUAUAGUUUUUAGCUAGCAUUUUUUUAUUGUAUAAAUAUGGAAUUAUUUUUGUACCUUCUCUGAUAUACAUUGUAAAUAAUCUCAUAUUAUAUAUAUUAAAUGUAUAUAUUUAAUUAACAAUUCAUAAGCUUUUUCAUGUUUAACAUUUUAAAAAAAUUUUCUGUAUGAUGUUCAAUAUGAUUGCAUGCUAUUUAUAAUAAAGUCAAUACGAUAUAAUUACACUUGUGUGUAAAGACUGAUUUACAAGAUGUCAAAGAUUUUCCAAUAUCUCAAAAAUGUUUCUUAACAUAAGAUUAUACAAUUUUUAAUGUUUGUUUAACAAAUUUUUUAUGUUUCUAAUUUAUCACAGUUAAAUUGUGAAUUUUAUACUCAAAUUCUUCAUUGUUAUAAAUUUCUGUAUCAAUAGUGUU